AUGUAGAAAUUUCUCAGAAAUAAACAAGUAGGUAUAGUCACCAAGGUUGCUGUAGCUGUGCAUACUCUCUUGCUAUUUUUUUUAGUAGUGUCAAUUAGUUUUAGAUUAGGUCAAGAAUUUUUAAUGUCUAUUUUAUUGUUACAAGCUACAUGGUAAUAACUUGUAAUUGAGACUUUUCAUCUAAGAUUAAAUAGAUUUAAUUAUUUAGAAGAAUAAGAAUAAAUUCGAAAAAGAUUUGGACUUUCUACAUAAAAAAGCAAAGAUUCAUCUUUGUGGUAUCAUUUUUAAUAUUCUCUAGGUAUUAUAGAAGAAUAAUUUUAUUUCCCUCUGCUGUUUUUACUCUUUUUUUCUUUAGAAAUUAAUAAUUAGAUGACUUGCAAUAUUGUUUCAUUUCUGUACAUGGACUUCUAUAAAUUUAUGAAGGUUCUAAAGUCUUAAUAGUUGGAAUCAAGUAACGUAUUGAAAAGAAUACAGAUUAUUAUAACGAUUUAGAAAGCGAGGGACUAAUAAUGAGAUGCAAUUUGAUGUUAAAAAGAUCAGAAGUAAGAGUAUAAAAGUGGAGAUCUUUUAUAAAUCUGCUUAAAAAGUGUUAUAUUACGACAAUUUCAAUGUAUUUCUUUUUUAGCUUAUUUUACGAAUUUUAUGCCAUCUUUCUUUAAUUACCACCUUUUGAUUUAUUGUAAUUUAUCUGCAAUCAUUAUCAAAUUCAAGUUCCUAUAUAUGCAUUAGUUAUAUGUUAAUUGCAAAUCCUUUUUUUUAUACUUUAUAUUGGCAAUGCAAUCAUUUAAAAGAAAUUUAAUAGAGUUAAACGUUUAUAUGAUCAUGUAACUAAGGAAUAGGAAAAGUUGUAAAUAGAGGUAGGAAAAUAUAUAAGUGUUAUGAUCUAUUUAUCCCUUGCUAUUAUUGUAUUUUUAUACUAUAAUACCACAUCUGGAAGCAUUAUAACUAAAUUAAUGGAUAUGAGAAUAAAUUAAUAUGGUUUGAUUACAAUAUUAAUCAACGCGAUUAGAAAAUAUAUUGAAAGAAUUCAUAAAUCAUAUUAAUAUUGA